AUGCUCUUGACUGAUAAAGAGAACUGCGGGGGCACGCGGAAGCGACGGCUGGGGGAGGCCGGCGGGGCGUUUGCUUCUUUCGCCAAGGUCUCCGCCGCCGCCGCCGCCGCCGCCGCCGCUGACGACGACCGCAUCGAGUCGCCUCCCGCCGCCGCGCCAAAAAGGCACCGGACUUUGGACGGGGCCGACGCGGUGGUGCUGCGCGAGGCGGAGGAGGCGGCGCGUUCCAUCCGCUCGCAGGUCGCCGUCGAGCGCAGCCGAGCGCUUGAGGCCGCGGGUAACCUGCGCGAGGCUGCGUCGCGUGUCGCUGAGGGCGAGGCUGCCCGCGCGCGCAGCGAGGCGAUGCGGAGCAAACGCGCGCCGCCGAGGCCGCUGCCGCCGCCGCCGCCGCCGGCGCCAAGCAAGCCGAGGCUGCUCGCGAUGCCGCCGCCUCCGCCGCCCCCGCCCCCGCCCCCGCCGUGCCGCGCCCCCUCCGGCACGCCCUCCCUCUCCUUUGGGGGGGGCGCCUCCGCCGCGCCGCCCACCUUUGGCGCCUCGCCCGCAUUCGGACAGCCGGCCCCACCAAGUAGCGGCGGCGCCUUUGCAUUCGGCGGCGCGCAGCCGGCCGCCCCCGCCGCAGCACCCGCCUUCGGCGCGGCGGCGCCGGCCUUUGGUGGCGGCGCGGGCGCGCCCGCCGCCGGCGGUGGCGGCUUUGCCAUCGGGGCCGGUCCGGCGGCGCCGGCGGGUCGCACCGUUCGCCGGUUCCGCCGGCCGGGAGGCCGUAAGUGAGCCGCAAGUCAGAGGCUGCCAGGCAGCCUCCUCGGCCAGGUAUUCUCGGCUGCUGCUGUGGCAGCGGCUGAGCAGGUCGCGCGCAACUCGGCCUCGGGCUUGCAUCUCUCUUGCGCGCGAUCGGUAUCGUAUCGAGUUGUUGUAGUCGCGCACAUGGUCGCGUCUCUGGAGUGUCGGUCGCGACACGCCGCGCGCUCUCGGAAUUCCAGCCAGUUUUGGAUGUGCUCGUCUCUCGUGAUGUGUCCCCAGUAUGUUGUAUUCGUGUUUUCCGUGGAAAGCUCAGUAUUCAGAGAAUCAAAACAAAGCGGGGAAAAUCGAAAAACAAAAAAGCGUCUACAAAGUAC